AUGGUUGAACAGACUCAGCACCCGACGAUUUUCCAGAAGGCUUCAAGCCAAAUCAUCCGUUCCGGUGUUUCUCAGGAUAUUCAUGGAUACACAUCUGGCUUCCAGAGGCGUGCGGCUUACGGAAACUACUCGAACGCUGCGUUUCAGUACCCUCUUGCGGCGACUUCCAGGAUUGUGGCGACUACUACUUCUCCUGUGUUUGUGCAAGCUCCAGGGGAGAAAGGGUUCACUAGCUUUGCUAUUGAUUUCUUGAUGGGAGGUGUUUCCGCCGCUGUGAGUAAGACCGCUGCUGCUCCGAUUGAGCGUGUUAAGCUUUUGAUUCAGAACCAGGAUGAGAUGCUUAAGGCUGGUAGGCUCUCUGAGCCUUACAAGGGUAUUGGUGACUGUUUCGGCAGGACUAUUAAGGAUGAAGGGUUUGGGUCUUUGUGGAGAGGAAACACUGCUAAUGUUAUCCGUUACUUCCCCACUCAGGCCUUGAACUUUGCGUUUAAAGAUUACUUCAAGAGGCUUUUCAACUUCAAGAAGGACAGGGAUGGUUACUGGAAGUGGUUUGCUGGUAACUUGGGAUCUGGAGGUGCUGCUGGUGCAUCUUCCCUUCUCUUUGUGUACUCUCUUGACUACGCACGUACCCGUCUUGCCAAUGACUCUAAGGCAGCCAAGAAAGGAGGUGAAAGGCAGUUCAAUGGUCUUGUUGAUGUCUACAAGAAGACCCUCAAGUCUGAUGGUAUUGCUGGACUAUACCGUGGAUUCAACAUCUCAUGUGUUGGUAUCAUUGUCUACCGUGGUCUCUACUUUGGACUGUACGACUCUUUGAAGCCUCUUCUCCCUGCUGACCUCCAGGACAGUUUCUUCGCUAGUUUUGCCCUUGGAUGGCUCAUCACCAACGGUGCUGGUCUUGCAUCAUACCCAAUCGACACAGUCCGUAGAAGAAUGAUGAUGACCUCCGGUGAAGCCGUCAAGUACAAGAGCUCAAUGGAUGCAUUCCAACAGAUCCUGAAGAAGGAAGGACCCAAGUCUCUGUUCAAGGGAGCUGGUGCCAACAUCCUCCGUGCCAUUGCAGGUGCUGGUGUGCUCUCUGGUUACGACAAGCUGCAGUUACUUCUUCUCGGAAAGAAGUACGGAUCUGGAUCCGGCUAA